CAGGUCACAUACAAUUUGAAAGCUGGAAGGAGCAAAGUGGAAGAGAUACAAAUAGCUCCCCAAUAAUCCAGAGCGAGCAAGCAAAAACCGCCGCUGCGCCGCUGUUUCAGGUCCCUUGUCCUUGGCCGCAGCUCCAGCUCCGCGGCGCUCCGCCUCCCACACCGUCUAAGAGGGGGCCCGACCUAGGACUACAGUUCCCAUGAGGCUUCAGGGCAGGGCAUCGCCAGCCCUAGAAUGCUGCCAUUCAGAAGGCCUGUGGGAGUUGUAGUUUUUGGUUCCCCAGACAGUUAGGGGCGUGGAAAUCAUCCGUUCCUUCUCCCUCCCACCAGGUGGGUAGAAUGUGGGCCCCGGAACACGGAUUGGCCAGCAGGGGGCUGGGAAGGGAUAUUAGGGGUAGAUCUCUGAUUUCGGGAAGUCCAGCGAGAGGAGAAGGGGGACGGCGCCGGGAAGGAUCGAGAGCCCCCCGCCCCUUCUUCGGGCACUCUGCCCCUCACUUCCUGUUUCCGCUGCUCCUUUCAUCCCCCCCCCCCAAAAAAAAUUCCUGUGGCUGAGCUCAGUCCGCUGUCUCGCUGGCAGACGAGUCGGUGGUGCAGGUAAUUGGCCCGCCCGGCCCCCCUCCCUAAUACCCGGACCCCAGCUGUCUGUCCUCCCCAGCCCCUGGACCUUCUCACCCCACCGGGAUCCUCAAUAUUAGGGACUUCCUCACACCCUCGAGACCCUCUAUACGGUGGACCCUCCCCCCUUAUAGACCCCACGGACCCCCACCCUUAUAGAUCCUUUACUGGGUACCCACCCACUGUCCUGUACCCUCCCACAUCCCCGGGAUCCUUAAUACCCUGGACCCUCCCACUGUCCUUGGACCCCUUAAUAUCAGGUACCUUCCUAUAGUCUCCGGACCCUCUCACGCACCCGGGACCCUCAAUACCAGGCACCUUUCCAGAGCUCCUGAACCAUCAAUAGUAGAGACUCUUCCCGAACCCAAAGGUCCUCGAUUCUGUGGACCCCACCCUACGGACCCUUAGUACCGAGGACUCCCCCAGUCCACGGAACCCUCAGUACGAGAGACCCGCCCCUGCCCCUUCUCACAUGUCUCCGACCCUCAGUAUUCUGUUCCCACAUAUGCCAGACCCUCAAUACCCUCCCAUUCUCUGACUCGUAAUUUUCAAUACUAAGGACUCGCUCAGCCUCCGACCUCAAUAUUAGGCAUCUUCUUACUGCUUGCUGACACUUCCACAGCCCUUGGGGAUUUUCAAUAUCAGGAAUCCUCUUAUUCCCAGAUUCUCAACACAAGGGAUUUACAGCGCCUUUACUGGAAUCUUCCAACAGUCCAGAGAGCCCCACAAUGCCAAAACCCUAUUAAGACCCUUGGGACCCUCAAUACUGUAGAUCUCCCCCUAGAUUUUUGUGCCUUCCCUCAGUCUAUGGGAUUCCUCAGUAUGAAAACCAAGCCAUAACUCUCUCUCUCUCUCUUUCUCUCUCUCUCUCUCUCUCUCUCUCACACACACACACACACACACACACACACACACACACACACACAAAAUGCCAGGGAACCAUCCCAGGCCCAUGGGCUCUUCUUGUAGCCCCUGCAAAUGCCCCAGUGUCCCAAACUCCACCAUAAUACCACCAAUUUCUAUAGUUCCUGGAACCCUGAAAUACUAUAUAUCUCUUCUCUAGCUGUGAAGGUUCUCUGAUAACCACAUAUAACUCCUAGUCCCCCAACAUCAAACCCAGGCAGCACCUCCCCAGUCCCCUGACUUCCUAACAAGUCAUCCAAGUUCCUGUCCUCUAAUUCUGCAACUGGCUUCUCUCUACCUCCCCAGGCAUACUGUUCCUGCCUCCCCCAACUUGUCUUCUUUUCCUCUGUCCCUCAUCUAGGUGGUGUGGUUUUUCUGGCAUGCUUCGGUAAGGGAGGAUGGGACUGGUCUGAGAAUUGAGGUGUUGCUUGCUCAGCCUAAUUCUGGUGCUCUAGAGCAGUCUGAUCUUGCUAACUUUGUGGUUAUAAUGGAAUAAAUUCCAAAGGGGGGGGGGUGUAGAAGAAAAAAAGAAUUAGAGAAGCAUGAGGAGACAGUUGGUAGAAUUUAUCUCUUCUCUUUUGGUUCCAGAGACAGUAUCCUUCUUCCACUUCUCAUCAAAUCUUUCUUCCCUCUUCAUCAGACCUAAUUUCCCACUGCCCUUCCUUUCUUCUUGGUACCCCUCUCCUCUUACUCCAUCCUGGCUCAGCCCACAAUUACCCUUUCCCCUUGCCCUUCCCCUUCCUCCCCAUGUCCCUGUCCCUCCCCUUCUCCAACUCCUAUGUCACCUACAUCCUCCCAUCCUCCUCUCCUCUCUACUUCUCACUUUUCUCCCCCUUCCCCAUCAUUGUCUUCUGCACUUCACCUUGAUCCCCCAGUCCCUAUGCCAGUGACUUUUGCAGACAUGGCUGUAUAUUUUGGAGAUGUCAUGUGGGAGAGCUACCGGAAUCUCAUCUCCUUGGGAUUUCCAAUCCCCAAACCAGAACUGAUCACUCAUCUGGAGCAAGAGGCAGAACCAUGGGGUCCAGGGCCUCAGGAGUCAGAAGAAAGAGACCCCAGAGAUCCUUACCCAAGCGUAAGGACCAAGGAAGAAGAGGAGGCAGAAUCAGUCCCUGAUCCUCCCUCUGCCUUGGAUGGUUCCGCCCCACCAGCUACAGCCUGUGGCACAGCCCUGCCCCCGCCCCCAGCAUCUCCACCCCCACCCCCGAAGCCCUUUUCCUGCCCGGAAUGUGGUUCCUGCUUCUCUCGACGCUCCCACCUCUCCCGCCACAGGCUGAUCCACUCUGGGGAGCGCCCCUUCCCUUGUCCCGAGUGCGGGAAGUGCUUUGCCCAGGGGGCCCACUUGGCUUUGCAUCUACGUUCCCACACAGGCGACCGACCCUACUCUUGUGGUCAGUGUGGCCGAAGUUUUCGCCAUGGCUCCCACCUGGCCCGGCACCGACGUACACAUCUUCCUGAGCCCCCCUACCGAUGUGGCCAGUGUGGAAAGGGUUUCUCCCAGAGUUCAGGGCUCCUGCAGCAUGCCACUGUCCAUACAGGCGAGCGUCCCUAUAUCUGUGCUGUCUGCGGCCGAGGCUUUGGCCGCCACCCUAGCCUCAUACGCCACCAGAAAUCCCAUUCCGGGGAACGGCCCUUCCCCUGUCAGGAAUGUGGCAAGCGCUUCACUCAGAGCGCCAAUCUUGCCCGCCACCUUCGGACACACACUGGAGAAACGCCCUACCUUUGUGGGGAGUGUGGCCGUGGCUUUAGUCAGCACCCUCGCCUCGUGGCACACCGAAAAGCCCACCACAUGGGACCCCCGCCCCCACCUCCUCCGGUUCACUCCUGCGCAGACUGUGGUCUACUGUUUCCUCAGGCUCUGGCACUGGCCCGUCAUCGGGCAGCCCAGCAUGGUGGUGAGAAGCCAUUCCGAUGCGCCCAGUGUGGGGAGGGUUUUGGCCACCGCUCCAACCUUCGGCGCCACCAGCGUGGUCAUGGUGGGGAGCGACCUUACCGCUGCAGUCAGUGCGGCAAGGGCUUUGGUCAGAGCUCAGGGCUGGUCCAGCACCAGCGUGUUCACACUGGGGAGAAGCCCUUCCGCUGCCCAGACUGUGGGCGUGGAUUCCGCUAUAGCUCCAACCUGGCACAACAUUACCGAGGCCACACUGGAGACCGACCCUUCCGGUGUGAGCACUGUGGCCGAGGCUUUACCCGUAGUUCUCACCUGCUAAGGCACCGUGCAACACAUGGUGGGGAGGAUGGAGAUGAGGAUUGUGGGCCUGGAGGAGUCCCUGUGCCGACAAUCAAGGCAACUUCCCCAACUGCCAUAAGCCAGGAAUCCCCCAAGGAAUCUGGAAAUGCUCCCCAAGUGACUGAACCCCUAUCUCAGCCAGAGUGACCUAUUAGGGCCUGUGAUUGGAGCAACUGAGUCUGACUUCAGCCAUCUCUUUAACCAGUGACUCCCAGAGCAACCAUUUUCUUGUGGUUCAAAUGUCUUCUCUCUUGGCUUUCCUCAAAGAGGAAAAUUGCCAAUGUGUGGAGUGAGAGCCCCUAAGCACCCUCGGUAUCUCCGGCCUGGAGUGGGUGAGGUUCCCUGUGCCCAAGGAAGAGUAUUCCCCAAAAGAGAGUAAGCAAUCUGUUCCUUUUGGGUAGAGAGGUGUUCCCCCCCUUCACCUUUCUCCAUCUAAGAGGCUGGAUGAGGCUGUCUCAGGGAUAGCUGGGAAUCACUGGUCUUUUCUGAGACCUUGGGGAGAUGAACUGAAUACUCGGGAUGAUCCCCUCCUGGAAUACAGAGAGACCACAAGAACACCUCCAGAAAUUGCACUCCAUAACUAACCAUCGUCCCUUUAAUUCUCUCUCUGACCUCAUGAUGCUCUGGUGGCCACCAGGAACCCUCUCCUCUGGGUUGCCUCAGAAGAGCUAUCCCCAACUUUGUCAGUGUGAUCUCCCUCCUCCCUAGGGGUCACUAGACAUUGACUAGAGGACUUUCCAAGGGUCCUUUAGUCCUCCCUUCAAACUCCUUGUCUCACUUGAAGCCAAGAAAACAGGCAAGUCAGGAUAUCCCUUUCUGGUUACUUACAUUCCUUCAGAUUGCUAAACAUUCUAUAGAAACCCUGUGAUUUCAGUGCUCUAGGUGCUCUCUCCAGUGAUUUAGCUCAGAAAUUACCCAUGCCUAUGACAAUUCUGUGGCCCCUCACAAAAAUAUGCCUCACCUAGUUGUCAACCUUUGGAUGAUGAACUCCUCUACACUUAAUUAGGUUGGUUCUUGGGCAACAGUCUUGGUGGAUUGUUAGAUUGCACUGAAAUCUGUGAGACCUGCCAAAGUUAAAUGAAUUACACUGGUAUCAAGAAUGUCAAGAACCCAGUCUCACCUCUGCGCCAAAAUAAGGCCUCAGAGUAGGACUAUAGUAGAUGUCCCCUUGUAUUAAAGCCUAAUCAAAAGCAUGAUAGCAGUUCAGGUCAGGCUGAAAGACUACGGGAGAGCAAGGGAACUUGAAGAGAAGAGACAGAAAUGGGAACUGCUGGGGGAAGGGGUAGCACUUGUUACAAAGUAAUCAUUUCACACACAUGUAUUGAGUUGACUUUUUUCACAUAAUUUUUUAAUACCAACAACCCUGUUAGGUAGAUGAGGUAGAUAGGUUAUCCUCAUUUUUAGAGAUGAGGGAAACCAAGGGUCUGACAGAGGAAGGGUCAUCCCCAUACACCCAACAACAAGCAAAGCCAAGACUAGAAUCUAACCUGAUUUAAGUCCAGUGGGUAUCCCACUGCCUCAGACCACAUCUGAGGCACUAGUUGUCCUGGUCCCUGCCGUCAGAGAGCUUAUAAUCCAUUUGGGGAAACGGGACACAACUCGAAAAAAGUUGUAAGGCAAUAUAUCCAUGAGAACAAACCAAAAUGCAAUGAGGCCCUCUAUUUACAUUAAAGAGAUGUAUAUUUCCUCACAACCUACACUUUUUCAUUAGGUUGCUAUGGUGCUAAGUUUCUAUCACCAGCACUACAUUUCCUGCCCUUUGCAAGUAAGAGACCCUGUAUGAAAAGCAGCCCAUGGUUCCCAUAAAAGUUUCCUGGGAGCAACAUAGAGACAGGGCACAGUCUAAAAAACUCAAUCUGGUGCCCGAGCUGACACCAAAGGAGGGAACUAAUCCCAUUGGUCCUUGGAGAAGGCACUAUGGGUUGACUAGGAUGAAGAAGGUCCAUAUUUGCAAUAUCUUUUAUUUUUAUUGUUAAUAUUAAAAUAUAAAUAGUUAUUUUAGUUAAUUUAUUAACUUUCCUCAGUGUAACUCUUGGUCUGUUACAGUAAACAUUCAAUAAAUGUUUGAAUUGAAUUCUCUCCUAGAA